AAAUAUCAGUGGUUCGGACGAUAUUCACUGAUGGACACUUUUCCAUUACAGGAUAUUGCAGCAUGAAGAAGGAGCAAGUUGUUAACUGUCAGUUUUCGGUUUGGUAUCCGAUAUUCAAGAAACAUACUAUUAAAAGUCUUAUUCUCCCACUGCCUCAGAAUGUAAUAGACUAUUUACUGGACGAUGGGACACUGGUAGUCUCUGGGAGUGACCACAGCACACAGCAAACACACACUAACAACAACGACUCUGAUGCAGAGGAAGACAUUCAGUGGUCAGAUGAUGAGACAACCACCACUGUCACAGCUCCUGAGUUCCCAGAAUUCACCUCUAAAGUGCUAGAGGCAAUAAAUGCUCUGGGUGGCCGUGUCUUUCCCAAACUCAACUGGAGUGCUCCUCGGGAUGCUAAUUGGAUCGCUCUGAACAGCUCCUUGCAGUGUCACAGCCUCAGUGAUAUAUUCCUGCUCUUUAAAAGUUCAGAUUUCGUCACCCACGACCUCACACAGCCAUUUCUUCAGUGUAGUGACAAGGACUCCCCAGAUCCUGUCAUCAACUAUGAGCUGGUCCUGAGGAAGUGGAGCGAGCUAAUUCCUGGUGGAGAAUUCCGCUGCUUCGUCAAAGAGAACAAACUGAUCGCGAUUUCUCAGAGAGACUACACUCAGUAUUACCAGCACGUCCUGAAGCAGGAGGAGCAGAUCAGUCAGGCCAUACAGGACUUCUUCAGCCAGCACAUCCAGUACAAUUUCCUUGACGAAGACUUUGUGUUUGAUGUCUACAGAGACAGCCAGGGGAGGGUGUGGCUGAUUGAUCUGAACCCAUUUGGAGAGGUGACAGACUCACUGCUGUUCAGCUGGGAGGAGCUGACAUCUGGAGGAGACAUCUCCCAACAGCAGGAGGCUCCGGCGUUCCGCCACACCACCAGUGAGGUGACGGUGCAGCCCAGUCCGUGUCUGAGCUACAGAAUCCCAAGAGAUUUUGCCGACCUCUCAACCGGAGAAGACGCUUACAAACUCAUCGACUUCCUCAAACUGAAGAAAAGCCAGCAGGAAGAGUCUGAGGAAGAGGAGGAGGAAGAAGAGGAGAAUGCUCCACAGUGAAACAGUUGCCGUGAAACCUGAAAAAUAGCUGCUAGUGUAUGAAGAAUCCUCCAUAUAUAAUGCUUUGUGCAUGAAGUGACUCUUUACCCUCUGUUCCUCUGUUCUCUUUGAGCUUUCUUGUUGAAAACUAUCACCAAGUUUCUCCUUUUGCUCCACUGGUAACCGUGUGUGUUGUAUCUGAGGCGUCUUAAUGAGUUUUUUUUUAAUCAUGG